AAUGCAAGCGACCUCCAUACAAUCAAACAAUUUCAUAAGGAUUUGUUUAAUUUGGGAAGAAAACAUGAAAUCCUCCUUCGCUUUCUUCGUUCUUUUCUCACUCUUUUCGUUUUCUGACGUUAUCGGUGCUAGAAAAGACACCGGAGAGUAUUGGAGAGCUGUCAUGAAAGAUCAGCCCAUGCCAGAAGCAAUACAAGGCCUUAUUCGCGCAACCACAUUGUCACCAGUCUCCAAUGAGAAAGCCAACUGCCACACAACCGAGUCCAAUGAAAAGCAUAAUUUUGUGAAGGAUUUUCGCCAACAACCUACUGCUACAUCUUAUGACAAUGGUAUAGAACCAGCAAAAAAUAAGUAUUUCUCGGAAGAUUCCGACCCAAAACCUAACGUGUCCGUCUACAAUGACGGUGUUGUUAAAGGAGAGAGAUCCUUUGCUGAGGAUUUUGAGCCAAGGCCUAAUGUGUCCGUUUUCCACGAUGACGCUACUCUUAAAGGAGAAAAAUCUUUUACGGAGGACUUCGAACCACGACCUAGCAUAUCAGUUUAUGAUGAUGGUGUCGGGCUUAAAGGAAAAAAAUCGUUUCCGGAUGAAUUUAAACCAAGACGAGGUGUUACAGCUUAUAGCAACUAAUUAGCGAGACGAAGUUGCUUGUUGAUAUGCUCAAGGUCUCUUGAUUACGAUGAAGCAACAGUACUCUUGCAACUAAAGCCCACUAUGGUUUGUGACAUGCUUAAAUAAAGGUUUCCUUAAUUAGGGGCUUAUAAGCGAGCUAGCGUGUUUAAUUAAGCAAUGUAAGAUGUUUUUUCUUCAUGUAAUAUUGCUAUAAGAAG